AUGUCAAACCCAACCCCAUACACCGAAGAACCCCUAGGAGGGGACAAAACCGGUGCCCGUGUGGAUAUCGAAUCGCGCGAAGUCAUCGAAGAGCCGCCAAAGAGUAGUUGGAAAGGCAAGAUAUGGGAUACGUCUGAUAGGCCGCCUUUGGAAAGGAAGCUUUUGUUCAAGGUGGACGCUAUCAUCCUCACUUUCGCCUCCAUCGGCUAUUUCCUCAAAAACCUCGACCAAACCAACGUCCAAAACGCCUACCUCACCGGCAUGAAAGAAGACCUCAAUAUGUAUGGUAAUCAGCUCGUCACAUCCACUUCCAUCUGGACGGUAGGAUAUGUGAUUGGGCAGUUGCCUUCCAAUUUGCUUUUGACGAGGGUGGAGCCGAGAUGGGUUAUUCCUGCUUUGGAACUUGGUUGGGGACUCGCUACGCUGGGGUCUUUUGGUGUCAAAUCGUACAAAUCCCUUUAUGCACUCCGAUUCCUCGUUGGUCUCUUCGAAUCCGGCUUUUACCCCGGUAUGCACUACCUCCUCGGCUCCUGGUACACCCCCGCCGAAAUCGGUAAACGCGCCACCAUCUUCUGGCUCGCCGGGCACCUUGGUACGAUGUUUUCGGGAUUGCUGCAGGCGGCUGCUAGUAAAAAUCUUCAUGGUGUGAAUGGUCUUGAAGGUUGGCGAUGGCUGUUUAUCAUCGAUGCGAUCAUUACGCUACCUCUCGCCGUGGCUGGCUUCAUCUUUUUCCCUACGCAGCCUCUGCAGGGCAAGAAGACGUGGUGGCUGUCUGAUGAAGAAUUUUCCCUCGCUCAACACCGUCUUACCAAGAUUGGUCGCGCAGGCAAAGCUCCCUGGACUCGCGACAAAGUCAAGGGCCUCCUCACAUCAUGGCACACCUACUUUCUCCCUAUCCUGUACAUCCUCUGGAACAACCAAUGCCCCCAAACUGCCAUCGGAUACUUUCUCAAAUCCUUCAACUCCCCACCUUAUCCCGGCGGCGACAGGCGGUAUUCGACGAGCGAUAUCAACCAGUUGCCAUUACCGCAGACUGCAAUCUUUAUAGUCGUAGCCGCGAGUUGGGCGUGGAUGAGUGAUGGUAUCUUUAGAGGCAAUAGGUGGAUAUUCGUAUAUCUCGGUGCCUUCAUCUCUAUCAUCGUCUGCAUCGUAGGCAUGAAACUGGACCUCUACGCCAACAUCCACGGUACAUUCGCCUUCUACUACCUAUCCCAGAUCGGCCAAGGCGCCGGACCCCUCAUCCUCACACUGAUCAAUGAAAUUUGCUCGAACGAUACAGAGAAACGUGCAAUUCUCGUCGCGGCUGCGAAUGAUCUGGCGUAUGUGGUGCAAGCCAUUGUACCAAACUUUGUGUGGAAGACUGUGGAUUUCCCGGAAGCGAGGAAGGGGUGGACAUAUUCGAUGGCUUUGAAUGUUGCGCUCAUUUUCUGGAUGACAGCAAUUCUCUACCUCCUCCGUCGCGAUCAACGAAGAGCCGAUGCCUCCCCCGAACCAAGCUCUUACCAGCUUGCAGGAUCUGGAUCCGGGACGACCAGCGAGUCCUCCAGCGAGAAGGGAGUGGUGUAUGUCAAUUCGGAUGGAGGAGGAGGUACUGAGACGCCUGGUUCCCUAGAGGAAAAAUCAGAAAGGAGGUAUUGA